CCUCUUCUCUGCUCUGCUCUCCGGUUUCUUUUGGCCAAUGAUGGGACUGUAUUUAUUCGUGAUAUAUGGAAACUUUACCUUUUUUGUGGCGGUAAGAGGACAGAGUCUGGACAAUAAUCCGUGGCAAGAAAUGUUCACCUCCCACCCUUCUGCCGUUCUCUCUCUCUCUCUUUCUCUGUGAGCUGCUGGCUGAUCUUCCACGAAGGUACAGAAAGAUGAAAACAGCUUAACAAAACCAGGAAAGAAAAUCGUGGGGCGACAGUUUUGACCAGACUCUCUCUCUCUCUCUCUCUCGCUGUGUCUCUCUCUUCUCCCAUUCUACAUCCUACAUUUUCAUUGAGAAUCUAUAAAUUUGGCAUUUAACUGCUUCUUAUUUGCGGUCUCUCUCAGUUUUCUGAAGAGCCUGCGGGAAGAAUAGAAAGCAAGAAAUCUGCUUCACAUCCCUUAGCUCUCUCUCUCUCUAUCUCUCAGGGAGUUAUCUGAAACGGACGAACACAAAGCGAGAAAUCUCCCUACCAACCCUUUGAUCUCGAUCUCCCUGUGUGUAGAACCACCCACCUUUCUGUUCACGAGAAGGGAAAGAAUGGAGAUUAUAUCGCCGUGUCAUAACCUGGACUUCCAUCCUAUUUCCUCCCAAAACUUCCAGCUGCCUUCCGACCUCAGCAGCCCGUCAUCCGCUCCAAUGAAUGCGGAAGGGAGGCCCAUGGACGCUGCGGCAUUGAAGGUCCAGAAGGUCUACAGGAGUUAUCGGACCAGACGUCAGCUUGCUGACUCCGCUGUCGUCGCCGAAGUGCUAUGGUGGCAGGCCAUCGAUUUCGCCCGCCUAAACCACAGCACGAUCUCCUUCUUCAAUUAUUGCAAGCCGGAAGCCCCUGCUGCCAAAUGGAGUCGAGUUAGCGGAAACGCAUCGAAGGUUGGAAAAGGUCUAUCCAAAGAUGCCAAAGCUCGGAAAUUGGCAUUCCAGCAUUGGAUUGAGGCUGUUGAUCCUCGUCAUCGUUACGGACAUAAUUUGCAUUACUAUUAUGAUGAGUGGUGUAAAAAUGAAUCGGGUGAACCUUUCUUCUACUGGCUGGACGUAGGAGGAGGUAGAAAUGUCGAUAUAAAAGAAUGCAGAAGGGCAUCACUCAAGAAACAAUGUGUCAGAUACCUGGGUCCUCGAGAGAGGGAGCUCUAUGAAUAUUCACCCAGGGAUGGAAAAAUCGUACAUGUGAAAAGUGGAGAGCUUCUUGACACAACAAUAGGUCAAGGUCACCCUCGUGCGAAAUGGAUCUUUGUCAUGUGCACCAAUAAGAAGCUCUAUGCAGGCGUGAAAAUGAAGGGGGAAUUUCAUCACUCCAGCUUUCUUGCUGGUGGUGUCACUCUAGCGGCAGGAAGGUUGGAUGCAGAAAAUGGUGUGCUCAAGAAAGUGUCGGCUUAUAGCGGGCACUAUCGUCCCACCAAUGAGAAUCUUGAUAUCUUCUUGGCAUUUCUUAGAGAGAAUGGUGUGAGCCUGGACGAAGUGGAGGUGCGCUCAACGAGCGAUGACGAGUGCAAUGGGCACAAACCAUUGUAUGAGGAGGAGCUCACCUGCCAAAAUGCAGCUGAUCAAGAGGCUUGCGGCAACGACACAGAAGACCAAUCUUCUGAUCUCAAACCUCCUAAUAAGAAGGUGGUUGAGCGAAUCUCAGAUUUGACUUUAACUGUCGAAAGACAAACAGAGCAAGAAAAUAUCAAAGGCAUCUACGAAAGGACUUUGUCAGGGGGCCUUCGGAGUCCCAAACCAGAGGUUCCUCCAAAGGCGAUAUUGCAGAGAAUCAAUUCCAAGAGCAAGACACAAUCAUAUCAACUUGGGGACCAGCUAUCUCUCAAAUGGUGCAGCGGUGUCGGUCCAAGAAUUGGAUGUGUAGCGGAUUAUCCGAGGGAGUUGAGGUUCCAGGCUUUGGAGUUCGUGAACCUUUCCCCUCGUGUCUCAAGCCCAUCUGCUUCACGAUCUUUCCCUACUUCUCCACUUUCUACACAACCCAUUCCGGAUUUUCAGUUUCCAGUUUGUGACAGUGGUGCUGCAUAAAUUUGCAGGACUAAAAUCUCUGCAUGGUUGGCGAUCCAUUGCAAUAAUGUUCCAACCAUCCGUUGGCUCCCCUAUUCUUCUCAAGGUUGGCCAGUUAAUCAAGCAAGUGGUAGGUUCCUUUGUGCAGAAUGGGUGUAGGACCUCCCUUGCCCUUCAUGUAACAAUGUCUUGAUGUUUCCAUCUUUUUUGAUUGAAUGAAAGCUUUUAGCGGUGCUCUCUUUCCUCGUCAA